AUGGAACUAGAUCUACAAAGGUUAGCCAUUAAUGGACUUCUUGCAGAUUCAAUUUCCUUACCUCCAAAAACGCACUUGAGCCUGAUAACAUUUGAAACCAUAUUGCUGCAUAUUUAUGAUAUAGCUGAGCUAGCAAUGUUAGUCAUUAAACAGGCUGGUUUUGCUGGUGAUGAUUUUCCGCUGGCAUCAUUCCCUCAUUUAGUCGGUCGGACUCGACACAUGUUUCCAACUUAUCAAACCUAUGUUGGAGAAGAAGUACUUGGCAAAAGGGGUUUUCUUGAAAUAUUUCCUUCCACAGAAAAUGGUCUUGUAAAAAACUGGGAUUCGAGGGAGAGAGUUUGGCACCAUACAUUCUAUGACAAGCUCCAUGUUGAUCCUAGAGACCACCCUGUUCUUCUCACAGAACCACCUCUAAACCCAAAGGCAAAUCCACAGAAACUAACCGAAAUUAUGUUUGAGACCUUCCAUGUGUUGGGGCAUACAUUCCAACACCAUGUACCUGCAAUGUAUCUGGCUAAUCCAGCCAUUCUUUCUUUAUAUUUUAGCGGUCGUGCUACUGGUACAGUUCUUCAUGUAGGCGAGGAGAUUAGCUACAUUGUUCCAAUUUAUGAAGGCCAUGCACUUCCACAUGCCAUUUCAAAAUUAAAUCUUGGAGGUCGUGAUCUCACAACACGCCUUUGGAGUCAGCAUUGGUAUAACUGUUCGGAAAGAGAAAUUUUGCGAAAAAUAAAGGAGAAGCUUGGAUAUGUAGCACUAGAUUUUUCACAAGAAAUGGAGACCUCAAUAACCAAUCCCACUUUAUUUCAUGAGAAAUACGAGUGUCCUGGUGGUGAAGUGCUCCUAGUUGGCUCAGAAAGGUUUCAAUGUUCAGAGAUCCUAUUUCAGCCAUCCAUUAUUGGCUUGGAAGAUGAUGGAAUUCAGAAGCUAACUAAUAGAUCUAUAAGGAAGUGUGAUGUACACGUUCAAAAAAUUCUUAGCAACAACAUUGUACUUAGUGGUGGAUCAACCUUGCUCCGUGGUUUUGCAGAUCGCGUGAGAAAAGAGUUGAUUUUGUGCUCUAGCUUUCGAGGCCUAAUAGAUAAGGAAAUUACAGGCCGUGUUCCCAUCUUAAAAAACAUCAGUGUCCUCGCACUACCUGGAAGAGAGUAUGGUCCUUGGAUCGGAGGCUCAAAAUUAGCAGCUCUUGACACAUUUAAGCAGAUGUGGAUCAGAGCGGAUGAAUAUGAUGAAUAUGGCCCAAGCAUCGUACAGAAGAAAUGUUUAUGA